GAGGUGGCAAAACCUGUUUGAAGAUGUGGUUCCUGCCCUCGCCCUACCGCACCUCUUCUCUUGGAGGCGAGAGCAACACCAGCUGAGACAGGAAAAAGGUAAAGACGGGGGCUGGGACAGCCAGCUUCCCAGCAACUCCAAGUGUUUGAAGAAGGAGACAGGAGACGGGAAGACUUGGGAAGAUGGGAACUACCCAAGAGGCAGAAAAAAAGACAUUAGAUCUUGGGGUCAGGGAGAAUGCAGAAGCAACAGAACUAGGAGCAGCCCUGAGACUUGGGGAACUGGAGCUGAAGGAGGAGUGGCAGGAUGAAGAAUUCCCCAUAUUGCUUCCAGAGGAGGCUGGACCUUCUGAAGGCCCCGAGGGAGAUUCACAGGCAGCCACAAGUGCGCCUGGCACUUCAGCCCUGUGCAGUCAGCGCCCCAUGCGGAAGCGUCUUUCUGCCCCCGAGUUGCGGCUGAGACUGACAGAGGGGCCUGGGGAUCACGGAGCUUCUCCCACCCACUCUGCACCUUCCUCUCCUGAUGGCAGUUCUGACCUGGAGGUAGACGAGUUGGAGACGCCAUCAGACUCGGAGCAGCUGGACAGUGGACAUGAAUUUGAAUGGGAAGAUGAGCUGCCCCGGGCAGAGGGUCUGGGCGCCACUGAGGCUGCUGACAGGCUAGGCCGAGGCUGUAUGUGGGAUGUGGCUGGAGAAGAUGGACAUCGUUGGCGGGUGUUCCGAACAGGACCGUGGGAGCAGCGAGUGGACAUGACUGUCAUUGAGCCCUAUAAGAAAGUGUUGUCUCAUGGAGGUUACCAUGGUGAUGGCCUCAAUGCUGUCAUCCUCUUUGCUUCCUGUUACCUACCUAGAAGCAGCAUCCCCAACUACUCCUACGUCAUGGAACACUUGUUUAGGUAUAUGGUGGGAACUCUGGAGCUGCUGGUGGCUGAAAACUACCUGCUUGUUCAUUUGAGUGGAGGCACAAGCAGGGCCCAAGUCCCGCCUCUGAGCUGGAUACGCCAGUGUUACCGCACUCUGGAUCGGCGGCUCCGGAAAAACCUGCGAGCCCUGGUGGUUGUCCACGCUACGUGGUAUGUGAAGGCGUUUCUGGCACUGCUUCGGCCCUUCAUCAGUUCCAAAUUCACACGGAAGAUCCGUUUUCUGGACAGCCUUGGGGAACUGGCCCAGCUCAUUUCCCUGGAUCAGGUCCACAUCCCUGAAGCUGUCAGACAGCUGGACCGGGAUCUUCAUGGCUCAGGAGGGACCUAGCACAGGACUGGAUAAAGGGCCUUAGAACCCAGCAGAGAGUGACCUGCCUACAAACUCAUUCCUCAGGCCUCUGACUGUUUUAUACCUCAUCUUGCCCCCAACCUCCUCGACCCCGGUCUCCACUUCUCAGUGGGAUGCCAUCCCUUCCAUGACCCUGCCUCCAGCAGGGCUUUGAGGUUGGGAACGUGGUCUGCUGGGUGACUUUCAUUGCAGCGGUGGGAGUGAAAGGCUGUGUGGUAGCAUUCCGCAGGGGAAGCGCAGAGCUCUGGGUGUGAAUCCCGCUUUAAGGGUGGAACCUUGGGCAAAUAGCGCCGCCUCUUGGGGGUCUUCCCCCUCUGGAAGUGGGGGGCUGGGAUCCUUCCCACCUUGGGCGGGGCGGGCCCAUCUGACCACAGCCAGCCUGCCUGCUGGGCACCAGGGACGCUGCAGCCCCCUGGAUGCUGCAGAACUGCGGUGUGCCCUCUUCCGGGUGGAGUGUGUCACCUGCGAGCCUGGGAAGGCGUGCUUGCGAGCCUGUGCCUGUGCCCUCUGGCAAACUCCAAUCUGUAGCGGCUAAUAAACUGCAAUGAGAGAUUUAA